AUGCACAUCAUAAAGCCCUCGUGGCUGAGCCACAGCGGCGAACAGAAAGACUUUGAGGUGUACAGCUGUCAUAUUUCUCCCGAUGGCAAGCGUCUCGCGACCGCUGGUGGUGAUGGCCACGUCCGAGUCUGGUCGACCGAGGCUAUCUACAAUGCGAAGGAUGCCAGCUACACAAAGCCGCGCCAGCUCUGCCACAUGAGCCAUCAUUUAGGCACAAUCCAUUCCGUGCGAUUCUCUCCCAAUGGCCGGUAUCUCGCCAGCGGCGCCGACGACAAACUCAUCUGCGUAUACCACCUCGACAAGGGGGCCCCGGCGAUAACCUUUGGGAACAACGAACCGCCGCCGGCAGAAAAUUGGAAAACAUACAAGCGAUUAAUUGGUCACGAAAAUGAUGUCCAGGACUUGGCAUGGUCACCGGAUUCGUCCCUGCUGGUGUCCGUUGGGCUGGACUCCAAGGUCGUCGUUUGGUCGGGUUACACCUUUGAGAAGCUCAAGGCAAUCCCGGCGCAUCAGAGUCACGUCAAGGGCAUCACUUUUGACCCUGCCAACAAGUUCUUUGCGACUGCUAGCGACGACCGAACGAUCAAGAUAUUCCGAUAUACCCCUCCUGCCCCUAAUUCUACCCAACAUGACAUGAUCAAUAAUUUUGUACUGGAAACAACAAUUAGCGCGCCAUUUAAGAGCUCACCGCUUACUACAUACUUUCGACGGUGCUCAUGGUCCCCUGAUGGUAACCACAUCGCAGCUGCCAAUGCUGUAAAUGGUCCCGUGAGCUCAGUCGCCAUCAUUGAGCGAACCAGGUGGGAUAGCGAAAUCAAUCUAAUCGGUCACGAAGCGCCAACCGAAGUUUGCAUGUUCUCCCCACGAUUAUUCCACACCGUUAAACCAGACGAAAAUGCCACCACGAAUGGAAGCUCUGGCCAAAUGUUGGUGACCGUUGCUGCCACUGCUGGCCAGGACAAGACUCUGAGCAUAUGGAACACCAAUACAUCUCGCCCUGUUGUUGUUCUACAAGAUCUUAGCGGCAAGUCAAUAUCCGAUUUAUCAUGGGCUCCUGAUGGCCAGACCUUGUUUGCGGCCAGCUUAGAUGGCAGCAUCGUGGUUGUCAGGUUUGACGAAGGAGAGCUAGGCUGGGUGGCACAGACCGAAGAAAACAUUAGGGCUCUGCAGAAGUAUGGUGCAUCUCGCAAAGGGAUGGGAAUACCUGAGGAUGUGGAUGGCUUAUUACUAGAGACACAUAGUAAAGCUGGCGAGUCAAGAGCAGUUGAAUCAAGAAUGGGCGCCUUGAUGGGAGAUACGCCAAAGGAGUCUACGCCAGCCCCAAAUGGCACAAGGGCAGGGUCAGAUAAGCCUGUUGCUGCGACAAAUGGCGAAACAGAGGCUGCGAAAACACCCGAGGAAGAGAAGGAAGAUAAGUCUGCAGACCGUGUCAAAGAGCUCAAGUCGCGAGUGACAGUUGGCAAGGACGGUAAGAAACGAGUCGCACCACUUCUUGUCUCGUCCUCAGGGACUGGGCAGUCCUCAUUACCACAGACACAAUUGGUUGGGUCAACCGCAACCAAGACGACCCAGAACGAUGCUCCACAAACUAUGUUGGAUCUCAGCAAACCGUUCGACGGACUGCCCAAGGGAGGCAUCGCAUCCAUGCUGCUAGGCAACAAGAGAAAAUCAGCUACGGGAGAGACCGAAGACGAGGGAGAAGAACCCCUUGCCAAGCGAGCUACGACGGGACCGACCCCAAUCGUCACUAAUGGCACUGACGGUGUAGAGCCAGCUGCUUUUGCCCCAGUGCAAAAUGGAGUGGUUCCCACGCCCGAGUUCUUACGACCUGCAGUCCUGAAUCCUUCAAUAUCGUUUGCACAAGUUAGAUUAGCAGUCCCUCGAAUUCGGUCACAUAUACUCCGCCCAAUGGAUCGGGGUGUUCUGCAACCAGAGAGCACUUCCGAGGACGCCUCUAAAGCCCCAGAAAAUGUUACCAUGGAGGCUAAAAACGACCCAAACCCGCGAGAUCCAUCACAUGUCAUGGUCACAAAGAGAGGAGAGCUGCUGUGGCAGGAGUUCCUACCACGGGCUGUCAUUCUGGUGACUGCAAACAAGCACUUUUGGGCAGCAGCUUGCGAAGACGGAUCCAUCCACGUAUGGACGCCCGCUGGUAGGCGCUUGCUGAACCCUAUCAUCCUUGAAUCUCAGCCAGUCAUUCUAGAAUGCCGGGAUCAUUGGCUAUUAUGCAUAACCGCCGUUGGACUGGCGCAUGUCUGGGACCUGAAGAUGCAAUCUUCGCCACAUCCCCCAGUAUCAUUGGGACCAAUUCUGGAUGUGGCAACUACAUCAUUAAACCAGCACUCUGCUAGCCCUGGCCCAGGGGUCACGUCUGCACACCUAAACACUAACGGGCAUAUUGUGGUUACAUUGACGAACGGUGAUGGGUACUACUAUGCCCGAGAAAUGUACACAUGGCAGCGUUUGAGUGAAGCCUGGUGGGCUGUUGGUUCUCAAUACUGGAAUUCGAACGAUUCUUCAAUUUCCGCAUUGCAAUCAACGGCGGUUGGCGCCACUUCUGCGGAGGACAAGGACAAGAAAACUGCCGUUAGCGUAUCAUCUGGAAUCAUACCCUUCCUGGAGCGUCACACAACGAACGAAUUUCUUCUCAAGGGUCGUGCCUAUGCGCUGCAACGUAUCAUCAAAACUGUCAUUCAGCGAAAAGAAGGCGAAGAUUUGGAAAGCACCAUCAGCAUUGCCCAUUUGGAGAACCGUAUCGCUGGUGCAAUGCAGCUCGGAGCCAAAGAAGAGUUUCGUCUCUAUCUAUUUAUGUAUGCUAAGCGCUUGGGAGCAGAGGGAACGCGGCCCAAGGUUGAAGAGCUCCUCAAUAGCUUAAUGGGAGGCAUUCUCCGAGAAACGCAAGCCGAAGAGCAGCAAGGCAAGGGAUGGUACGGCAUUGAUGACGAGAUUUGUGGUUGGAAUCGCAAAGAACUUCUCAAAGGGGUAGUUUUAAUACUUGGAAAAUAUCGCGAAUUACAGCGGCUGACCUCACAGUAUGCGAGAGUCCUCGAUCUCGACCUGGAAGAUGGCUCCGUGGACGUUGAUAAUAUGGACGUGGAAGCUUAG